AUUCUUUUCCUAAAAUGAUGAUUGGGACCACUCAGAGAUCAGCAAUGUAACACCACCCCCUAUAUCUCACACCCAGUGACAUUUUUCUCCAUAUUUCCAUGUGGUUGUUUGUCUUAUCCUGUCCCAUUUUUGAUGCAACACACACUCUUGACUAUCUAAUCAGUGUAGAUGCUGCAGUUGAGUUGGCAGUUGCUUGUAUCUUUCUCAGCACUGUUCUGUUUCAGUUUGAGCCAAAUGUAUUUUUUCUCUCUCCUUGUGUUUGUGUUGAAAUUGUCCGUUUUGUAAGUAGAAGCUGUUGCUUUUGCUGACCUGUGAAAAGGAGAAUAGCCUUUUGCUCUAAAUGCCAAUGCCAGCAUCUCCAUUGCCUUAUUUUCCUUUAAGAGAAAUAAAGUCCAGCAUAGUCUCCGUGCAUGUGCAUUUAUUUAAUAUUGUCUGUGCUUCUGGAAUCUGCCUCAGUGAACACUCUUCAAAACACUGCUGAGUCCCUGAACAUUCAGCAGUUCUUGAGUUUGUACAUCAUAUAAAACAAAGCGAUUUAUGGAUUAAUUAAUACCUUAUUGGUAGAUAUAGAAAUGCAUAUGCAUGUAUUGGAAUUGCACUAGAGCUUUGCAAUUCAGAGUGCACGUAUGUGCUAGAUGUGCUCUGCAAAGUUGUGCAACCUGUUUAUAAUGUUAUAGCUAAUCUUGUAAUCAUAAUCAUUAAAAUCGGUGACUCACAUGGUUGGAAUGGGAGGUUAGUGUUGCUACAACAACUUUUAGAGACAAAUAUUAAACAGACAUACUCAUCCUAUAUCUUACUUUGUUGUAUUGAUAUGAUAACAGAACUGCACCUAAAGGGUGAUGCUACGUCAAUAUUCCACAGGUUUAUUUAAAGUAUAAAGCCAGAAAUACUGUGUUUAAUGACAAUAGUGUGCAUUUUAUUAACCCAUUUGUUUGGGUGGUAAAAAGGAAUUUACAUGUACAACAAAUCCUAUUUCCCCCUGUUUUACUGUUGUUAAAUAGGAAAAAUACUAUUUAUUGUUGAAAUAACCUUGGUUACAUUUUUGUAUUCAUGUGCAGUGAUAUUAUGAAGGUCAUAGUUGUGCAUGCAGUGAAGCAUAAAAUAGCGAAAUAUGUUGAAUAAGCGCUACUUCUUUAUCUACCCUCUCCGGUUCUCACAUGCACACAGACAGCCACGUGAUUCAGUGAAUACUCUAAAGGCAGAUCAAUUGUUUGCUACAUAAACAGCCUGUUAAUGUGGCGGUUUAUUUAAUGCUGAUGGAAAAGGUUUCAAAUGUGUUUUUAAUGUCCACUUUUUUGUACUGGUUUUCACUGUACCAAUCACACAGACGUUAGAUACCAACUUUAACAUUACCUGAAAUCGCCCAUCCCUCGUUUAAAAAAACACGAACCUACUACUGCCCUCUCGUGGCAAACGCGUAAAAACACAGCCUGGUCCUCGCAAAUCAAGUCAGAUCAGAUGACCCGUGUUUGUUUUUUCCCUCCAUUAAUUAUUUACACCACUGUAAUCUUCUUUCUCGUGUAGAGGUGUAAAGACCUAAACGCACAAAUGUAGAAAUUAAAAACCUGAGUAACCCGUUUGGAUCUCCUGGGAAGCUCCAACCAAUGAACGAGAGCCAGUCAUUCGGUUUCCUGUUUACGUAGCUAGCGUUUCUCACAUUCCGUACUUGCUAGUUUCAGGACUAGACCGAGCUGUGUAUUUUGUAUUUUUUGUUUCUGUCAUAAAUCGACUGUUUGCACGUCGUGGACAUGCAAGGACUGAGAAACUUUUUUCGACCGUGGUCAUCUAAUGUAAAGCUGGACGGCAAAACUGUUAUUAUUACUGGAGCCAAUACUGGAAUUGGUAAAGAAACUGCCAUUGAUUUGGCAAAGAGAGGUGCACGAAUCAUCAUGGCUUGCAGGGAUAUGGAGAAAGCUGAUGCAGCAUUGAAAGAGGUCAUCGAAGCAUCUGGAAAUCAGAGUGUGGUCACCAAAAAACUUGACCUGUCUGACUCCAAGUCAAUCAGAGAAUUUGCUCAGACUAUCAAUAGUGAGGAGAAAGCAGUCAACAUCCUAAUUAACAAUGCUGGAGUGAUGGUAUGUCCUUAUGGCAAAACAGCAGAUGGUUUUGAGAUGCAAAUUGGGGUUAACCACAUGGGUCACUUCUUGUUGACAUAUCUACUACUGGACCUGAUUAAAAGAUCUGCCCCAGCUCGGAUCAUCAAUGUAUCAUCCAUGGCGCAUAAGUGGGGGACCAUCAAUCUAGAUGACCUCAACAGCGAGAAGAGCUAUGAUAAGUCAAAAGCUUACAGUCAGAGCAAACUGGCCAACGUGCUCUUCACUCGCUGCCUGGCCAAAAAACUAGAGGGUACGGGUGUCACAACAUAUGCUCUUCACCCUGGCGUAGUGCAGACAGAACUGUGGAGACACCUGAAUCAGCCGCAGCAGGCAGCUAUGUGGUUGAUAAAGCCCUUUACCAAAACAGCAGUGCAGGGAGCUCAAACCACCAACUACUGUGCAGUAGCUCCUGAGCUGGAGACUGAGAGUGGCAAGUAUUAUAGUGACUGUGCACCUGCUAGUUGCUCCAAUGCUGCUAUGGAUGAUACAACAGCACAGCGACUCUGGGACCUCAGCUGCCAGAUGCUCAAUAUAACAUGGGACUAAAGAAACAAAUUUCUUUUUUGAUUGUUAUGAUUUUUUGAUUGCACUUUUAUGAUUGUUUGAUUGUUCAAAGGAUUUUUUUUAUUCUCUCAGACAUUUUUUUCUUAUUAUGAAUUAAUAAGAAAAAUUGAUUAUCAUAGGAUUAUAGGAGCUUUUUAAUAUUGUGCUCUGUGAUCACCAGAAUGAAGAAUGUCAUAAAAUUCCUUUUGCAAAAAUGUUGGGAGCUGAGCAAAAUGUAAAUAAAAACAGAAUGAAAAUCA